AUGGGUGCUACAAGGCGUGGCAGUAGGGACCGAAUGGGUGCUACAAUUGAACACUCCGUAAUGAACAAGUCGUAUAAUGAACAUCUCGACCGGUUGCAUCCAACUGGGUUGCGUUG